AUGACUUUUGCCUCUUCUUCUUCAGUCCUCCCAUCAGGGUCUUCCAAAGACUCCUCAAGUGUCACUACCCACAGCUUGAAGUCCCUCGAAUGUAGACCCUUGGCCACCGAGAUGGUUCCAGGGCUUCCUGUUGUACAGGUCAAGUCCGUACCUCUCGGCACUCCCGAGUUCGAAGAGAAGAGGGCUGCGUUGCUUGAAGCAUUUGCAGCGAAGGUCCCGGAGGAGCUGCGGCUGCCUCUGGAGGUUAUACAGAACCCUCCAACAGAUGUCUCCUCGAUCCCAACAACCUGUGGCAUUUUAUCGCCGGAGGAGAUAAUUAUCACUGAAGGCUAUGAUGCUGUUGGCCUUGUUGAAGCAAUUGCAAGUCGAAAUCACACUGCGAUAGCCGUUGCACGGGCAUUCUGCAAGCGCUCCAUCAUUGCGCAUCAACUGACAUGCUGCCUGACACAAUGGUUCAUGGACGAGGCCAUCGAACAAGCUCAAAAGCUUGAUUCAUAUUUCGAGACACAUGGGAAUCCUGUCGGCCCCUUACAUGGCUUACCCAUUAGCAUCAAAGAUCACAUCCAAGUUGCUGGAACCUCUUCCUCUCAGGGUUAUUUCAUCAGUAUCAGUGACGAUGACCAAGAUGCGGACAUCGUGUCAAUCUUGCGUGCCCAAGGUGCCAUCAUUUACUGCAAAACCAAUCAGCCUCAAUCGUUGAUGCAUCUUGAGAGUGAUUCCCACUGGGGAAGAGUCCUGAACCCUUUCAACAUUCAUCUGUCUGCUGGCGGUUCGACAGGAGGUGAAUCUGCGCUGAUUGCGAUGAAAGGCUCAAUCUUGGGGAUCGGGACUGACAUUGGUGGGAGUAUUCGUGGCCCAUCUGCCUUUUGUGGUAUCUAUGGCUUCAAAACCACAUCGAAUGUCUUGCCGACAAGGGGGUACAUCAAAGGUGAUCCGCCUCCAGCCGUGGUGAACAUCCCUCUGUCGACGGGACCUAUGUGUCGCUCCUUGAGAGACACGGACCUUUUCAUGAAAUGUGUCCUUUCUUUAACGCCUUAUCUUUCGGAUCCCAACGUCGUCCCGAUUCCGUGGACUGGUCUUGAAACACGGUUCAAUCGGCGCCUCAAGGUCGGCAUCAUCAGCAACGAUGGCUUCAUCGAGCCUCAACCCCCGGUGAAGAGGGCAAUUUCUUGGGCCAUGAACGUUCUAUCCGACAGCAAAGACGCAGAGCCCCUGGGCAUGCACACCGCCGUAGAUCUUACAGCCGUUCACAAAGAGCGAGACGAUUUCCGACUUGCUUUUGCCAAAAGCUGGAGUGACCAAGAUGUGGAUGUCAUUAUCGGCCCGUCGUUUGUAGGGCCAGCUUGUGCGCACGACGCGGCCUUCUACUGGACGUACACCUCGCUCUACAACCUUGUCGACUACCCGGGAGCGGUUAUUCCCACGCCAAUUAAGGCUGAAUCUGGGGAAGUUUACGAUACGGGCUAUGUUCCGCUAAGCGAUGCUUGUCGACAUGUUAGAGAUUUGUGGGAGGAGGGUGAUUUUGGGGGUGCGCCUGAAUUUGCCGUGAUACGAAACGAAAUGUUCAUCAAGUUUGUGAUGCUGCGAAGUAACCAUCGCGAACGCCAAAAAUGCUAUUUACAGCGAUACGAUUACUGCAAGAUAUCGAGCAAAAUCUAA